CCACGCCCCUCGUCGUCCCUGAGGCUGGCUCAGUCGACGCCGAGACGCGGAAGGAGGAGGACGCGCCGAGGCGGAAGCGGAAGCGGAAGCAGGAAGCAGGAAGUGGAGGAAGGGGAAAAGCCCCCCAGCAUCGCAUGGGGCCACCAUGUGGGCGGCCUGCUGCAACUGGUUCUGCCUGAAUGGCCAGCCGGAGGACAUGGCCCACCGCCCGACGGCCGGGAGCCGGGCCUACGCCAACGCCGGCUACAGCGCCUUCCCUUCGCCCACCAGCCCCGACCCCCCCGUCUGCAAGGCCUGUGGGGGGCCCUUCGGAAGCCCCCCACUCAAGAACGUGUGCCUGGACUGCAAGAAGAGCUUCUGCGAGUCCUGCUCCCACCGCCUGGAGGGGGGCCUGUGCCGCUGCCUCCUCUGCGAGCGCUUCCGGGCCACGGGCCUCCGCCGCGAGGACCUCAUCAAGAUGAAGGUCAAGGACCUGCGGGACUACCUGGACCUGCGGGACGUCUCCACCACCACCUGCCGCGAGAAGGACGAGCUGGUGGGACUCAUCCUCGGCCUGCGGGAGCUCGACCCGGACCCCCGGGGAGACCGGGCCCCUCCUCCGGCGGAGACCCCCUCCCGGGCCCUCCCGGAUGAGUGUUCGCCGACCACCACGGACCCUCCGGUGCAGAUGGAGCAGCCGGCUCAGGCCAAUGGGCAAGCGCUGCCCAGCCAGGACAUGGCGGACGUCGUCGAGGAGGCAGCGGAGCGGCGGAACGAAGAGGAGACGCAGUCCAUCGACUCGGAGGACAACCUGGUCCCCGGGCGGAGGGCCUCCCUCUCGGACCUGACCAGCCUCGGGGACAUCGAGGGCCUCUCCGUCCGGCAGCUGAAGGAGAUCCUGGCCCGCAACUUCGUCAACUACAAGGGCUGCUGCGAGAAGUGGGAGCUGAUGGAGAGGGUCACCCGCCUCUACAAGGAGAAGGACCUCCAGCACCUCGUUUCCGACAUGGAUGACCCGACGGCCCCGCCGCCCAGCGCCCCCUCGCAGCUCCCGCCGUCCGCGGAGGAGAACCUCUGCAAGAUCUGCAUGGACUCGGCCAUCGACUGCGUCCUCCUGGAGUGCGGCCACAUGGUCACCUGCACCAAGUGCGGGAAGCGCAUGAACGAGUGCCCCAUCUGCCGCCAGUACGUCAUCCGGGCCGUCCACGUCUUCCGGACUUAACGGGGGGGAGGGGGGGCCGUCUCGUCGGCCAUCUUGGUCCAGGAAGCGCCCGCGGGGCAAAGGGGCCCCAGAGACUCGGUCGGGGCCGGGUUUCGGGCCCCCGCCUCACUUACCGCAGUGCCUACAGAGCCCAAAAACGCCUCCAUAUUGGAACGGCAGGGACCGAAGGACCCCCUCGGGGGUAUUUCCCCCUUCUCCCCCCCCCCCCCACCCGAAAUGCCGAGAGAGGCUUGGCGAAUAAAAACAAAAGUGGUCUUAAA